GCUUCCCAUGAACACUUGCGGUUUAAAGCCCCUUUCUCUGGGCUAUUCUCCCACGAUGCUGUUUAAAAACUACAUUUCCCAGCUUGAUAGCGCUUCCGUUUCUAUAAUCUAAAUGUACAUUUUGGAGCACAUUUUAUGGUGAGGACUAUCGUGUGGACGCUCACAUGGCGCAGGAGGAGGACCAACACACCCUGCGGGCGAAAUUCUAUGCUGCGGUUAAAGUCAUCUGCAGCCUGCCGAACGAAGGUCCCUUUCAGCUGUCGGACGACAUGAUGCUGAUGUUCUUUAGUUACUACAUGCAGGCCACCUCGGGCCCUUGCAGCUACGCAAGACCGUUUGGGUUCUGGGAGUCGCAAGAGCAAGCGAAAUGGGAUGCAUGGAGUUCUUUGGGAAAUAUGACCAAGGAGGACGCCAUGAAGCACUAUGUUGAAAAAAUCCAGCUGAUUUUGGAGACCAUGCCCGUCUCAAAUGAAGUCGCCGAGCUGGUGCAGAAGCUCGGCAAUUUCUACACGGACGUGUUCGAGGACGAAGGCGAAAGGGAUGAGAUGGACAGCAGACUUUUCGCAGGGCCCUUUGCACAAAGAGCAGAUGAGCUGCUCACUCCGAGGAAACCUGCAAUGGAAGGCUACGGAGAUCUGUGGAAUGAUAUACAGGACGUUCAAGAAAAGGAGCGUGUUAGCAGCGUGAGCUUCGAUCCGGGCCAGGAUGCUAAUGAAUAUCUGGGAGAAGAGGACAUACGCGAAGAAAAUGAGACUGACAAUGAUGAAGACAAGUCGGAUCACAAAGAGUGGAGCCUUGAGGAGAAAGAGUGGCGAUGUGACACCAGGACUUACAGCAGCGGCUUGGAGCUGAGCAUGUCCUCCUCCACUAACACCCACAGCUCCCUCAACAGCGAGGUGGAGGAGGAGGAGCUGGUGUGCUUUACUGAGCCCAGCAUACGUUGUAGCCCUGCCGACAUGCGAUUUAAUGGACCUGUGAGCGAUUCUGAUCAUGAGGAAUUUUGUGACUCCAAUGAGCAUCGAGCCGUGGACAAGACGCUUCCUACAUCCGCCGUAUCUCCAGCGAGGGAACAAGAGCUUUGGUUUGAGAGUUCCUCCGCUCUUAAAGCAGAAGAUGGUUCCCUCCUCAGAAGGGAGUCCCGCCUUCAAGAACCCCACAACGCGACUUUCAAAAGAGACUCCCCGAUGACCGCGUGCAACUCCCAGUCGUGGUCGCCGGCCCGUGACGCCGCGUCGCCGUGCGCAGGCUCCAGCGGCGCUUCCUGUGGGAACGUCAACGAGCAAAUCGCCGCGGCUCUGUUCAGGCUGCAGGACGACAUGACCCACGUGCUGCACCGCCUGCACACGCUGGAGGAGCUCAGCGUGGCGCAGGUGAAGGAGGUGAGUCCUACAGCAAAUUUUAAGACGCUUCCUACAUCCGCCGUAUCUCCAGCGAGGGAACAAGAGCUUUGGUUUGAGAGUUCCUCCGCUCUUAAAGCAGAAGAUGGUUCCCUCCUCAGAAGGGAGUCCCGCCUUCAAGAACCCCACAACGCGACUUUCAAAAGAGACUCCCCGAUGACCGCGUGCAACUCCCAGUCGUGGUCGCCGGCCCGUGACGCCGCGUCGCCGUGCGCAGGCUCCAGCGGCGCUUCCUGUGGGAACGUCAACGAGCAAAUCGCCGCGGCUCUGUUCAGGCUGCAGGACGACAUGACCCACGUGCUGCACCGCCUGCACACGCUGGAGGAGCUCAGCGUGGCGCAGGUGAAGGAGUCAAGGUCAUCUUCAUUGAGGUGUGAGGACUCUCUACCUGCAGCACACAAGUUCCGGAAACCUUCCUGGUGGCCAUUUGACCAUUCGCCGGUUACCGUGGUGAUGACCGCACUCUGGCCCGCGAUUGCAUAUGGACUAGUCCAGCUUUAUUCACGCCGGAAAAGACGGAAAAUGACUUGAAUUCAUCCCGGGACUUCACAUCAUCGAGUUGGAAAAAGCUUAAAAUCCAAUACUCCAGAGAUGAGAGUAUUGUGAGCGCGUUAGAAAGAUUUGGAUUUCAGCGUCAUGUGUCGACAUUUUCAGUAGUCGUAUUUUUUAAUGUAUAUUUAAUUUAGCUUUAAUAAUUAGUAUACUUUCAGGAUAUAUUUUCUGCAACUGUUGCAUACGUAAGCAUUUAUAUGCAUUUUUACUCAGAAAAACAAACAUUGAAUUUUCAAAUGAGGAAAACUCAAAUGAACUGAUUAUAUACCCGAAUUAGAGUCAAUGGUUAUUUAUUCUUUUACUGUAAUUCGACGGGAAAAAAACGGAAUAUUUGUAAAGUAGUUUUUAGAUUUUACAUUGCAGUAGUUUUGUUCGACAGAAACAUAAUAAAGACAAUCUUUAUAUAGUAUUUUAUGAUCUAUUUUAUUGUUUGUUGCAUUGUCAACAAGAAACACACCAACCAGAGACUCUAACUGGGCUGUUUUCCACCAAAGAUUUAGUCCAAUCUGAGUUGUUAGAUUUUGCUAUUUGUGACAAUCAGUUGACUCUUUGGUUAUGGAUGUAAAUCAAAAGGUACUUAGGAAAGGAAUGCAGCCUUUCAUUAAAGUAAACAAAAUAAACUUGUCAUUUGUUACUUUAUUUACCUCGUAAAGGUCUGAACCAGUUUGUGAGGUCCGCUCUGCCGCACAAGAGAACAUCAUACUUGAUUAAAUAGGAGUAAGUAAAAGUCACAAUGAUGGAUUUAACGUCCAACGAUACGACUGUGAAGUUGAAUCUUCUUCUAUAUGAAGACCGUCCUAGACUGUCGUGUACCUAGUAACCGGGGCCCGCUCCUCCCUAUACGCAGGUCAUGUACUCUGCGUAGGUCUCUUUUAUCUAUGGGGGCCCUUUUCUGCGUUAAUAAGAACAUGUCAAAUGUAGUUUUGUUCCACAGAAACAUAAUAAAGACAAUCCUUAUGUAGUAUUUUAUGAUAUGUUUCAUUGUUGAUUGCAUUGUCAAGAAGGAACACACCAACCAGAAAUUCUAAAUGGGCUGUUUUCCACCAAAGAUUUAGUCAAAUCUGAGUUGUUAGAUUUUGCUCAUUGCGACAAUCAGUUGACUCUUUGGUUAUGGAUGUAAAUCAAAAGGUACUUAGGAAAGGAAGGCAGUCUUUCAUUAAAGUAAACAAAAUAAACUUGUCAUUUGUUACUUUAUUUACCUCGUAAAGGUCUAAACCACAGUUUGUGAGGUCCGCUCUGCCGCACAAGAGAACAUAAUACUUGAUUAAAUAGGAGUACGUAAAAGUCACAAUGAUGGAUUUAACGUCCAACGAUACGACUGUGAGGUUGAAUCUUCUUCUAUAUGAAGACCGUCCUAGACUGUCGUGUGCCUAGUAACCGGGGCCCGCCCCUCCCUAUACGCAGGUCAUGUACUCUGCAUAGGGCUCCUUUAUCUAUGGGGGCCCUUUUCUCCGUUAAUAAGCAUAUGUCAAACGUAGUUUUGUUCCACAGAAACAUAAUAAAGACAAUCUUUAUGUAGUA